AUGGACCAGCGUCUCUGCGACUACCCUUCGCAGCGUUUCUACAACGGUGAGCUUCAAACUGCUGCAUCUGUCGGGGAAGGAGGCGUGACUCCACAGAUGCUUCCAGCUGGAAUAACCUUCAAGGCUGGAAUUCCGGGGCAUCCUGUUGUCUUCCUGGACACCUCAGCGAUCGAGGGAUGCAGGGAACAGUUGGUGCCCUUCUUCGGAAGCAUCUCUAUCCACAACCGGAUGGAGGCGCAGAUCGUCGCAGAGUUGCUGCGUGGCUUCCAGGCCGCUUCUGUCGAGGCCGCCCGCCUCUGUGUGCUCACAGCCUACAAGGCACAGGACAGCUUGCUGGACGAGGUCAUUCACGGAGGCAGCUCGGCGGAGCGCCUGAGGAAGCGGAAGAGCCGCUCGACGAUGAUCCGGGAGCAAGGCGUGGAUCCUUUGGAGAAAGAGUCCCAUCCGCGCAUCUACACAGUGGAUGGCUUCCAGGGCAACGAGAGUGACUACGUCUUCUACUCAGCUGUGCGGAGUGGUGGCACCGCAACGGGAUUCUCGGGAAAUCCGCAGCGCCUCUGCGUUUUGCUGACACGAGCACGUCGUGGGCUGAUAGUUGUGGGGAGUCGUGACACUCUCCAGCACACCGAGGAGUGGCAGCGAUGGCUGGAUUCUGCCGACAAACAAGAGUUCACGGUGGACGACGAGCUUGUGGCGAAACUGCAGAGGCGGGAAGUCGCUCAACGGGGGCCACUCUGA